AUGUCCGCCGUUACAAGCGUAGGAGCCGUUGAUACUAGUGCAAGCGCAGUGCUGCAUCGAGAUUUGAAGCAGGAUCCCUUUCGAAUCGUAUCUUCUUCGGGUUUCUACAUUAAAUUCGAUGAUGGUAGGAAAAUCCUCGAUGCUACCGGAGGAGCAGCUGUCUCGUGUAUUGGUCAUGGUGAUCAGCGUGUCAUAGAUGCCAUCGCAGCGCAAGCCAAGACGCUCGAUUAUUGUCAUACUAUGUUCUAUUCGUGCCCAAGUGCUGAACAACUUUGCCAACAGUUAAUUGAAAGCACUAAUGGACAGAUGGCAAAGGCUUUCAUUGUUUGUUCUGGUUCAGAGGCAAUGGAGGCAGCGAUGAAACUGUGUCGCCAAUAUUUCAUAGAGUUACCAGUACCAGAGACUAAUCGAACCCAUUUCAUAGCUCGCAGGGAGUCUUAUCACGGUACAACGUUGGGCGCUCUAUCUGUGGGCUGCCACGUUGGUCGGAGGGCGGUAUACGAACCAAUCUUGAUGCAAAACAUCUCACACGUUUCCCCAUGCAAUGCUUAUAGAAACAAGAUGGAUAGCGAAAGCAUAUCCGAAUAUGUAUCAAGACUUGCUAAAGAAGUGGACGACGAAUUUCAACGCGUGGGGCCUCAGAAUGUUUGUGCUUUUAUCGCAGAGCCGGUCGUUGGCGCGGCACUUGGAUGUGUCCCAGCAGUUGAAGGAUAUUUCAAGGCUAUGAAAGCUGUGUGCGACAAGUAUGGGGCACUUUUGGUGCUUGAUGAGGUUAUGUGUGGGAUGGGUCGAACAGGCACGAUGCAUGCCUGGGAACAAGAAGGGGUAAUUCCCGAUAUCCAAACCAUAGGUAAAGGCCUUGGUGGCGGAUAUGCACCUAUUGCAGGCGUACUUGUUGGUCACCGUGUAAUCAAGACUUUAGAAAAUGGAUCUGGACGAUUUUCCCAUGGACACACUUAUCAGGCACAUCCUAUCUCAUGUGCAGCAGCAGCAGAAGUACAUCGCAUUGUACAAAGCGAAGACCUUGUUCAAAAUGCUUCACGCAUGGGCAAGUACUUAGGAAGUCUGCUCAAGCAGAAGCUCGGCAAUAACCGUUAUAUUGGUGAUAUUCGCGGUCGUGGACUCUUUUGGGGUAUCGAAUUUGUCAAAGACAAGAGCUCUAAGGCUCCAUUUGAUCGCGAGCUCGACAUUGCUAUGCUAGUUCAUCAAAAGGGUAUGGAUUUAAAUGACAACGGCGGCAUACUGUUGUACCCGGGAACCGGAUCAGUUGAUGGCAAGUUUGGCGACCAUAUUUUGAUCGCACCGCCAUAUAAUGUGACGAUGGAUUAUAUCGACCUUAUUGUAGAUCUUACGAGUAUGGCGAUCGAGGUGGCAUUUGAAGAAUUGGCAGACAGGUUAGCAAAUUAG